AUGAGAUUAAGAGAAUUCAAAGACCACAGUGGUCAGACCCUGAAGUUAAUAACUGCUACAUCUGCGAAUCUAAGUUCACUCUUGUUUCUCGCUAGCAUCAUUGUAGAAAAUGUGGAACUAUACAAUAAGGCUAAAUAAGUAACUGGAAGUGGCAUAUCAAUGGAAAGAAUUGAUGAAACUGAGCUUAGAUAUCAAAGAGAAAUCUUAGGUUAUAACUCUUUUACCAAUCAUUAAUCCAAUAAUCCAGACGAGAGUAACAGCUAUAUGCAUUUAUCUAGUUUUCCAGCAUGA